AUUGCUUUCUUUAACGGAAGAGAUAUUAAAUUGGGAGCGAAAUGUGUGUCUGGCUAUUAUUUUAGCUGUGUGACCUUGGUGAUGUUAUUUAACCUUUGGUUUUUCUUGUUUGCGAACUGUACAAAAUAUGAUCUUGCUUCUAACUUACAGAGGCAUGCUGGAAAGAAAAACGUGCUAGCUAUGAAAAGUGUUUUGGGAUCUUUGGAGGAAAGAACUGUGAUAUUCACUUAUGAUACACAGUGACUAUUUGUUCUCUGACAUCAAGUUGAGAAGUACAGACAAGUUUUGUUUGACAGAAGUUAAAUAACAGCUCAUUUUAGCUAAUUCUGAUGGCCUAUUUGAAUGGAAUGAGCAAUUUAUUCGGUCUUAGAUGUUUGCUGGGACAGCACGGACUCUUUAAAGGCAACAACCCUGGCAACCAUCUGGCGGUUGGACUGUUUGACAUUGCAGACUUGCUAAUGACGCAUGGGUGGGAGCAAGUGAACUUUGCAUCUGUGGCUGGGAAGAUUUGUUUGAGAUUACAAAUUUCACCACAACACACAGAACCCGCUUCUUUCCAGGGUUUUUUUUUUUUAAGCCACCUCUCAGAUUUUGGACUUGCUGUCUUAGCAGUCAACGUGAUGAAGAUGCUUCUCGUUAUGACAGCUGAGAUGGUCUCUGUUCUCAAGGAAUGAUCAAGAAAAUAUCAAAAUAUAGCCACCCAUUAAUUCAUCACUUGAUGGAUCCAGAAGGUCAAGAAGAGACCAGAGAAGACCGUGAUGACAAGCAGGUGGUCACCGAGAUCAUGGCAAGAUGUUUUACCCCAGCCCUGAUAACAAACACUCCCUGGGAAGGCUUCCAUUUUGUUGGGCAUGAGAUUCGGAUCACUGAAGCCACAGAUAGUUAUGGUGCUGUGGUUUGGCCCUCGGCUCUGGUUCUAUGCCAUUUCCUGGAAACAAAUGCAAAACAGUAUAAUAUGGUUGACAAAUACGUGAUUGAAAUUGGAGCAGGAACUGGGCUGGUCUCCAUUGUGGCAAGUUUGCUUGGUGCAUAUGUGACUGCUACGGAUUUACCUGAAUUACUUGGAAACCUGCAAUACAAUAUUUCCCGAAACACCAAAAUGAAGUGCAAGCAUUUGCCUCAGGUUAGAGAACUCUCCUGGGGAGUCGCUUUAGAGAGGAACUUCCCCAGGUCUGUUAAUAACUUCGACUACAUCCUGGCAGCGGAUGUUGUCUAUGCACACCCUUUCCUGGAGGAGCUCCUCGUUACCUUUGACCAUCUGUGCAAAGAAACUACCGUCAUCCUCUGGGUGAUGAAAUUCAGGUUGGAGAAAGAGAAUAAAUUCGUAGAUAGAUUUAAGGAGUUGUUUGACCUGGAAGAACUCUCUAGUUUCCCAAGCCUGGAUAUUAAGUUGUAUAAAGCUAUGAAGAAAAACCGGAGAAGUGCGUAACAUCCUCAUAUAAUAACUUAGCAACUUCUAGAUUAUUACUUAAAGAAAUCCCGAAUAAUCUGGUGUACUACUGACUUUCCCAAGAGGAAACACACACACACACAAGUCUACUAUGAGAACAGAAAGUUUCCCAAAUUUACGUGACUCUAGGCAGUGAUAUUUCUACAUAUGACAGCAGCAUCUGUGGCUGGGCUGAGUCGAUCUCUGUCAGCUCCCUAGAUCUUCUAAUCACACGGGGUAGCAAUUCUCAGCAAAGUUGCACUGUGGGGUCAUCAUCUUCUGUCUUUGUCCCUUUUUUGGAACUGUUUAUUAUUAUUAUUUAAAAAUUGCACAAUUAUUCCUUUAAUGUGUAAUUGCAAAAUCGUAGCUUCAACAAUGACAUCUCCAAAAUAAAUGUCAAUUCUUUUAAACACAGGUUUGGCUCACUACCUGGAAAUACAGAAACUGACUAUCAUAAGAUCCACAGAUAAAUCUGUGAAGGUAGAUACGGAGAAACAGUAGGUGCUGUGCUUUCAUGGUUUCCGGUGGUGCCAGCUUGUAGGUGGUCUGUUAUCUCUGCUGGGCAGGCUGGGGCGCUGUCUGACCUCUUAAAGUCAGCCAAGCAUGGGAAUUGAGGUUGUAGACAAGGACAUUUCACACUACUAGAUAAAAAAUGGAUGGGAGCCACGUAAGAAUAGCUGAGAUGUUAGAGGAGUUAUUGUCUUAUUUUUAAAUCAAGUAAAGUUAAUUUAUUUUACAGAAAUGGACAAAAAAAAAAGCACACCAAAAACUUGGGUUGAAAGUACAUGAAAAGAUUUAGGCCUCUAAUCUAAAAAACCAGGCAUAUGGCUGGUUUUAAAGUUUAAAGCUCUUCUGAUGAACAUAUAUAUAGACCAGAGAUUUGAAAUUCUAUGUGGGCCUCAGAGAUUAGAAUAAAGUCUGAAGUAAUUGAAGUCCAUGAAAAAAGAGCAAACAGCUGGGAUUUUGUGCUGUAACCACCUGAACUGUUCUAUUUGGCAGCUCCUGUGCAAUGUCACCGGCUGGCUCACUGUGCCCCGCGUGACACUUGCUUCUCCAGGAAUCGUCCUCUCUGCUUGCCGAUCACUGACUGGGAAGGUGAUUUCCUGGGACCCUGUCUAUGCCCAAUUGCAGGUGCCCUCCAUGGAGCUCUUGGCGUGUGGGUUUCCUUUGGACCAUGAUGCAACAAAUCUAAGCUUUACAUGACUCUUUGUCAUAGCCUGUUACCUAUGCAAAGUCAUUUAAUCUUCACAGCCAUUCUGAGAAGGUGACACUGUCACUCCUUCUUCAGAGACAGAGAAACGAGGCGAAGAGCCUAAGGGCCCCUCUCAAGCCCAUGUCUGUGUGAGGCCAAAGCCUGUACUCCUGCCUGGUCUGUCUCUGUGCAUUUAAAACACCAGUUUUCAAACUCCUUUUUAGAGAAUGACUGUCAUUUCUUCCAAAGGAAACAUACCCCAGAAACAUAAGCAAAUACAUGGGGCAAAUGAGAACUGCUCCUCCUCAGAACUAUGCUCUUGCUCCUUCCUCAGGUGGAUCACGGUUGACUUGUGCAGAAAGGGGGACACCUGAGCAGAACUGGAAGGAGGUGAGAGGAAUGGGUUCCAGGCAGAGGCAGCUCUGGGCAGGGACCCCAGGCAGAGCCACGCCUGUCCUCUGUAGGGAAAGGCAGAGCUUGCUGGGUGAGCAGGGGUUUGGCGAGAGAGAGGCGUGGGGAGUGGAUCACGGAUGGCCUUAUUGCAAGCUGACUCUGCAGGGGCAGGUGAGGACAUGGAGUGCACAUGCAGGCCAUUUGCUGGCAGUGCUUUUGGGAUGGAGACUUAAGGGCAGGAGUGAAGGAAGCAGGAGGGAAGUAGGGGUCCAGUCACAGCAUGGGCCCAGGAGCCAUUCAGCCGACCCCUGCAGAGUGGACCUCAAGUGGCCUUUUGAAGUGGUCUCACCUUGAGGAGGUGUCCGGGUGUGGGUAACUGCAUGUGGUAUCCAUGCUGCAGUCCUGGGAUGACUCCUUGACCUUAGAUGUGGCAACCUGCCCGCUCAGGCCAUCUCUGAAGGUGGUGACAGCUGUGGUCUGUCUUCCAAGAGCACUUCCAACAGCUGUGUUUUGGUCACUCUGAAGGCGAUCUGGGAAAGAUGCCAGUGUUCACCAUGGCCUUUGAAGCCACUGAAAGACCUGUGGCUUUCCUCCAGUGAGAUGACGCAUCACUGGGUGGUUCUGAAUGGAGGAGUGACAUGAUGUCCCUUCCAGUGAGGACCACUCAGGUAGACUCUUUGGGACUAACAUGUAGGGGCUGAAAGAUCAGCUUGGAGGCUGAGGCGGCUACCCAGGCCCAGGGUAGCAGCUGGUAGCUUAAUCUACCCAGGAGGUGGGGGAAUCAGCCUGCUCUAGGUAGGUUUGGAAGCCAGAGCCCCAGUCCUCCUGCCACACUGGGUGUGGAGUGCAUGAGAGGCUGACUUGGAAGCAUGCGGGCUGCAUCACAGGACACGGCCGGAGGGUCACCACCUUAGAAAGAGCUUCGCAAUUUGUGAAGCUCUUUCAGGGAGUGAGGAACAGUAAAAUGAGGACCGUCUUAGUUACUUUUCACGCAUUGCUGAGACAAAAUACCUGACAGCCACAGUGGAAAGAAGGAAAGGUUUAUUUAGGUCACAGUUUGUAGAGGUUUCAGUUCAUAGUCAGCUGGUUCCCAGGCAGGGUGGCAUGGCAGACAGGUGUCUCAGAGGAGAAGCAGUUCACGAUGGGCAGAACAGAGCAAAGCAGCAAGGGACCUCAGCAGUUUCUUACACCUCUUUUAUUCUCUGUCUAGGCUGCCAGGAUUAGGGCAGUGCCAAACCAAUCAGUGGAUGGAUUUAAUAACCACACAUCUUUAAUCCCAGCACCAUACUCUAGGUCCUGCCACCUCUGAAAAGCCCCACCUGUGACUGAAUGAGGCUUUAGGGGGACAUGUAGACACAAGCCAUAACAAGGUCAGUCCUGAGGCACGUGGACAUUAAGAGAUUAGACACAGGUUGGGGGUUUCUUUUGAGGUUCUGUUCCUCUCCUCAGUUAUAGUCAUACCUGUUGAUAGGAGUUUAGUGCCACAGUUGAUUUUGGAGCUGGCUAAUAGAGUCCUCAGAUUCCCGAAAGUCGCCUCAAAGAUGUUCAGUGCCUGAGUUAUGUGGGUGCAGCAGCAUGGACCUUGGAAAUAACAAAUGAAAACACGUGGAUUUUUCUGUGAAAAGCGUGUUUGCAUUUCAUUUCUAAGUUAUUUUUAAGUAGAAUGGAUAAAGUGUUCUUUAAUGAAAGUGUGAGCUCUGAACAGACCACAUGGUUCUUCCAAGUCCCUCUUUCCCUAGCAGCCAGUCUGUCAAACGCAAGGUUCCAUUCCAUUGUUUUAUUCUGUUUAUAGCAUCACUUGCAAACUUUUACACCCACCCGUGCGAGCCAGGCCUCAUAUGUCUCACUGCAUUCUAGCACUUAUCAACUCUUUUAUCUUUUGCUGCAGUUUCUCCAUGGUUUUCUAGGUUUGAAUUUCAAAAGAUGUAAUUGUCUUUCUGUCUUACAAUGUCUUUUUAUGUGAAUAGGAAUUGAUUUGUGAAUUUCAAUCCAAAGGAGUUUUACUUUGAAUUUUUAUGCUUUUGUAUCUUUUUUUUUUAACAAGUCAGAUUAUGUUAUUUAAAAACCCUAGUCCACUUCUCGUGGUAACGUUCUGGGAUUCCAUAGGAUGGGCAUGUGGAUGGUCCAGGUUUUAUGAAAGGUACAUAGUGAAUACUUCAUGGAAGAUGGCCCCACUUGUGGGCAAGGUCAGCCACUGAGAAGGACAACAGGGGGCCAAGAGUUUUGAGUUCCAGGCUCUUCUUUUAUAGACUUUAAUGAUACAUUUCUUUCACUUCUACCACUUUUUCACUACCAGACUUAAAAUGUCUUUUCCUGCUAUUCACCUUCUGUUCUGUUUUUUAGGAUAAAGAAUGGGUGGCACUGGGUUAUUUUCUAACAGAUUUGCAACCAACGAGUGUUGUGGGAGAAGAAAAAGAAAGCAACAAAAUAGAAUAGAAGAUUCCUGUUUUGCUUUAAGGCCUAAAAUUUUAGGUGGUUGGUGUUCUUUUUGAAUGCCCCAUCUUUACAGGGCAGGCUUAACUUUUUUUAAGCAGUGUCAUUUGCUUGUAAACAGAUAAAUAAUUCCAACUAUCCUUUGGAAGUGAAACACAUCCCCUGGAUACGGUUUUGAUACAAGAAGAGAUUUGCAUGCACUAACUUUGAAAACAAGCCAAGAAACCUUGGAUUGUAAGUAUAAAAGGGUUAAAUUCAGUCUACCUUAAGCAAACCAGAUGAGCAAGCUUCUUGGUAGGACUAAGAGAAAAUUAGUAUAGGAUGCUUCUUGAUACUUUAUUUUAAUUUGCUUUUCAUGGAAAUCCAUAUGUGGAGGAAAUAAAAAUUGUCAAGUAUAUGUAUUUUUAAACCAAAUUAUAUGGCAGUAAUGGGAAACAAAAUUGAGAAUGGAGGAGAAAGUAAUUGCAGUUGCAAAAGUGUUAUGGCUUGUGUCUAGAUGUCCCCCCAAAGCCUCAUGUGGUCAUAGAUAGGUCUUUUGUAGCUUAUGUGAUGCUGGGAUUAAAAGUGUGUGAUUACUAAAUUAGUCCAUUGAUUGGUUUGAUAUAGUUCUGCAUGUAGAUAAUGAGAAGGUCCACUCUGGGUGUGAGGGCAACCUCUCUACUCCUCCCCAAGGGCCGGUAGCUUGGAUAGAAUACAAGGGACAGAAGGGAGGCUGCUGCCAUCACUUGCAACUUGGUGCUUUGCUGCCUUCUGCCUGCUGUGGACUGUUUUCUGCUCUGCAGUGCGUUGGAGCUGGUUGUGCUACAAUAAACUUUUCCUUUUCUAA